AUGGAAGCGCCACCCAAACCGACGACGUCGUCGCUUUUCGAGGUUUAUUUACGUCUCCGACCAUCGUUCGCACCCAAUGCAGAGAGAUUCCUCGACGUCGACACUGCCGACGACAAGGCAGCGCCGACACACAUCACAAUCCACCCACCCGCCCACGACCAGCGGAGAAAAGCUGUCGAGACUUUCAAGUUCACACGAGUGUUUGAAGAGGAGGCUACACAAUUGGACUUGUUCCAUGGCACUGGCUUGGACUCGAUGAUGCAGGGUGUGCUGGGCGCCGAGGGUAGAGAGGGACGUGACGGUCUCUUUGCUACUCUCGGUGUCACUGGCUCGGGAAAGAGUCACACGAUCCUGGGCUCGCGCUCGCAGCGUGGCCUCACCCAACUCGCCCUCGACGUCCUCUACCAGAACCUCGGUGACCAGCUCAUCUCGACAAGACGCGACCAACUCGCUCUCCAGUCCAUCUUCUCCUCAGAUACCUCCGAAGCGCAUAUGUCAGCGGCCAAUCAGUACCUCGAAUCCAUCUACGGCGAUGCUCCGUCAGACACUCGUGCCCACUCGAGAGCGCAAUCAAGAGCCGCAACUCCCCUCAUGACCGAUCAGCGCCAUUCAUGUGUGCCAAACCCUCAACCGCAAUCCUCAUUCUUCAGUUUCCUUCAGCGCCCGCAAGCUAAGACGCAGCCACCAAAGGAUAUCUCCUUCGUUUCAAACCCCCGUCCCUCGUCCGCUAUGGCUCCCAAGCGCCACAUGCCCAGAGUCUCUAGCAUGCCCCAGUUCCCCAUCAUCCAAGGCACCGACCUCGACGUCGACCAAUCCGCCGAAUUCGCCAUUGUCGUCAGCAUGUACGAAGUCUACAACGAUCGCAUCUUCGACUUGCUCGCUGGUUCCGCCGCCUUCCAGCCCUCAAAGACAUCAACAGCUAAACGCAGACAUUUACUCUACAAGAGCACCGAACACAGCCCUGACCGCAAAGUCGUCGCUGGUCUACGAAAAGUCGUAUGCGAGAACCUCGAUGAGGCCCUUCUUGUGCUUGAGACCGGUUUGACAGAACGUAGAGUUGCUGGCACGGGGAGCAAUGCUGUCAGCAGUAGAAGUCACGGCUUCUUUUGUGUCGAAGUCAAGAAGAGACUUGCAGGCGCUGCGACCUCAAACUGGUCCAGCAGUGCCUUGACCAUCGUUGAUCUUGCUGGCUCCGAACGCGCCCGCGCAGCAAAAACAGCAGGCUCCACUCUCGCCGAAGCAGGCAAAAUCAACGAGUCCCUCAUGUAUCUCGGCCAGUGCAUGCAGAUGCAGUCCGACAACGCUGACCCCUUGAAGUCAUCCGCUAUCGGCAUCAUGAUUGUGACUGCAGACCCCUUGGGCGAUUACAACGCUACAAGUCAGAUCCUCCGCUACUCUGCUCUAGCUAGAGAAGUCACCGUUCCUCGCAUACCCAGCUACACCAGCACCAUGGUUCCUCUGGCUCGCCCUGGUACUUCUGCUUCUGGCCGUCUCACACCUUCAAAUCCUGCCUCCAACGAUGCAGCGCUGGAAGCUGCCCUAGCUGAACUCGCCCUGCUUCGUCAAGACCUCGAACUCACUCAACUGCGACUUGAAGAAGAAACUCAACGCCGCAAGGAAGCUGAAGCGUCUUGGUUGACUGCUUCUUCACAACUCGAAACCCUGGAACUCGAACUCCGCGAGGAGAUUUGGGAAGAGUUCGAAGGACAACUCGCACACGAACGUCAGCGAUACCUUGCUCAUCGUGAUGCAGAGCAAGAAAAUGUGAACCAACACAUGGACGCCAAAUUGGACCUGCUCUCCCGAGGAAUGAGCCAAGUAGAGGUAUGUGAAGAUGCAGACGCAGAAGGUGAAGAGAAGAUUGCAGAGUUGGAAGAGGAAAACGAAAGACUCAGAGAGAAAGUGGAGAGGAUGGAACGGGAGAGGGAAAACCAAAGCCCGGUGCGCAAGAUGCGAGUGUUGAAGCCGAGGAAGUGGGAGGGUCAAGAGGAGUUUGGAGUGGGUUUCAUGGGAAGUCCCUAA